AUGAGUCCGUUGAAGUUUCACUCAAUUUCGGCGUCCCCGNGUGAUUUGCCCGACGCUAUUCUACUAUACAUCCUCUCUAUGUUGCCGGAGGGAAAAGAAGUUGUGAGAACCAGCGUAUUAUCUCAGCGAUGGCGGUUUCUUUGGAAGUCCGUUGCAGUGUCAGUCAAUUUCGGCGUCCUCGAUUACCCCUAUGAUGAAAGAACCAAAAAGAAAAUUCUUGCUUUCGUAGCUUCAAUCAAUAGAGAGCUUCAUUAUUGGAGGUGCUGCGAGAAAAUCAAAGCAUUUAGGGUGUUUCCCGUUAAAUACAAAGAGUAUCUUGUUAAAGAUGUGGAUUUUUGGGUACAUUUUGCAACUAAGGUUGCUAAUGUUGAAGAGUUUACACUUAAAUUUUGCAUUAUCAAUUUUCCAGAUUACGUGUAUAAGUUUCCUCAGUUUGCGUAUAAGAAUACGUCGUUAAGGAAUUUGGUUUUGGGCAACUGCGGGUUAAACCCUUCUGGUAGUGUGAACUGGAGCAGUCUCGUUUCUCUUUCAAUUGGGCACCUGAAAUUGACGGACUGUGUCAUGGAAAAAAUAAUAUCAGGUUGCCCUAAAUUGGAGAGCUUGGAACUGGAUAAUGUUUUGGGCAUUCGUCGUUUGUGGCACGAUGAAAAUAUCCCUUCACUCGAAAUAUUUGCCCCUUAUGUUCAAAAUUUGGUACUUUCGGGGUUCUUAUAUGAUGAGAUACGCUUGCAGCAGAGCAAUGUGGCUUCACUUGUCACUGCAGUCCUUAAUUUAAAUGUUGAUUUUGAUGAAUUUGAAGAUGAAGAAGAGAAGUUGGAGAAGGAGUUGGCUUUCCAUACUGGAGCUGAAAGGAUAUGGCAAUCUCCACCAUCAAGCUGGAAAUACUUAAAACUUAUCGCAGCCUUUGAACACUUGCCUGAAAUUUACAGCAUUCUACAGAGUUCAUCGGAGCUUGAGACGUUGGUCAUUGACUGGCCAAUUACAAAACGAUAG